UUGGUUAAGAGCGCGAAGGGGAACGUUCUCUGAACAUUUAUAAGUAAAAUAAAUUUCCAGUCAGUGUGAUGAUUUUGCCAAAUUGGUUUAGCAAAACUUUCAUUUUAUUAUGAAUAGGUUUUGAGUUAGUUGUAUAAAGUCAAUCAAAUGAAACUAAAUAUUAAUUCCUGAAAAAUGGUCGAGUUUGAUUGGAGUAAAUUUUUGGAAGAAACUAAAAGCGUUGCUGUUCCAGAAGAAUUGUUUGCUCAUGUGGAAGGGAGCUUGGACAAUGGCAUCAAAAAGGGCAAGCUUGUGGAGGUCUGCCACAAGACCAACCCGGACGUCUAUUGGAUAGCCAAGAUCACCAUGGUCUGCGGGCCCCUACUACACAUCAAAUUCAUCGGAGCAGAAGAGGAUAUCUGGUGUGACCUAACCAACACAAAAGUCCACCAAUUGGGAUGGUGCGGUAAAUUCGAUGAGUCAAUUGAACCGCCUGAUGAAAUCAAUGAGAAAUAUGGUGAUUCUAUUAUAGACAUUAUGAAGAAAGUACUGAUUGGUGGACAGUCUGUGUCUCAAGAAGCAUUGAAUAAUAAAGGCUUAUCGCCAAUAGAUAGAAUCAAACCAGGCAUGAAGGUGGAGAUUCAGAAUGUCAUUGAUCCGUAUAGAUAUUGGAUUGCAACUGUAAAAGAAAACGUGGGUGGCCGCCUGCUGCUGAAGUACGACGGCGCUGAUGAUCUGAGUGACUUCUGGAUAUUCUUUUCAAACCCCCGAUUGUCCAGCUUCGGUUUCGUCACCAAUAAGGGCUCACCGUGGCAGUUCAAGUACCCGGGGAAAGUGAACAAAUUUUUGUGUAAAAAUAAACUGAGCACGCAGCUGAGGCAGAGUGCUGAGGAGUCCAUCAAAGAGCCCACUCCGGCUGAUUUGUUUCAGCCAAACCCAAGUUUAGAAGUCCACAACUUUGUAACUGGGAUGAAGUUGGAAGCUUUAAACCCUCAAGACAUGAAGUCAAUAAGGCCAGCAACUGUCACUAAAGUGUUCAACAAUUACCAUUUCCUGGUCACUAUUGACGACCAUGCCGAAGACUAUGAAGAUUCCAAAAUGGCGUGGAUUUGUGAUUCCAAGCACCCAUACAUCUUCCCAAUAGGCUGGGCUCAAAAGUAUAAUAUUACAUUCAAAACGCCAAAAAUUUGGAAAGAGGGUAAGUUUGAUUGGGACGAAUAUUUGUCCAUGACUUCAUCAGUCCCCGCUCCGGAGUAUUGCUUCGGAAACAAAACGCCACUGAAGGGCAUCGAAGUCGGAAUGAUGUUGGAAGCGGUCAAUCCUCAGAACCACGAGGAAAUCCACGUCGCCAAGAUAGAUGCUAUAGUUGAACAUAUGCUGUGUGUUGAGCUACUGCCUAUCGGGGAGAAAGUGUGGUACGCUCAAGACAGUGAUCUCUUAUUCCCGGUCAGUUGGUGUGACAGUAACAACUACGCUUUGCACAUACCUGACACAUCAGCGGCCAAAGAGCCUCCAAAGGUACCCGAAACAAAAACUGUACAUGUUAAUUCCUCGGAGGAAUGGUGUGAUAGAAUAUUUUUCAAUUACAAGUGUUACGCCGGGCCUUUGAUAAGUAGGAACAAGCUGUCGCAGUUGCCUAAACACGUGGGUCCGGGGCCGCUGACGCUGGUGCUCAGAGAGGUGUUGAACAAGAUGAUAUCGGCUUCGUACAAACCGGCCAAGCUGUUGAAGGACUGGGAAUCGGAUGAGCUGCCAGAGGAAGGGAUGAGACUGGAAAUGUUGAGAGCCAAACUGAAAUCCGGCACCUACCACGCCUACGUGCCUAUAGCUUUAACCGUGGACCAAGUGUUGCCGUUCUGCAAAGACAUGUGCGCCAAGAUGCAGGCCUGCCCGUGUCUGUUCGGCCCCGAGGAGUACCCCGGCCCGUGUCCCAAUAACUGCCAGAACGUCGACAAGUCAAUGUUCCACAAUGGCACGGAUCGCCGCGGAAGACCUAAGGGAAGCACAUUAACUGGCAAGCGGAAAAGAAAGAAGUGUACUCAAGAGAAGAAAGAAAAGCUGCUUUCACAAGAGACUGCUAGCAAUGAUGGAAAGUCUGCAGAGAGUGAACAAAGCGCUGGUUCCACACCGCCUUCCGAAUCUGGGACCAGGCCGAACUCUCCGGACAGCGGCGACUGCAAGAAAACCCAGAAGAAACGACGUGAACGCAAAAACGAAUACCCGAAACUUGAAAUGAAAACUCGCGGCGCCAAACUCCCCAAUUUCGCCAUACAAAUGAAAGAAGCCCAUUGGAACAAAAAAGAUGUAGAGACGAUGUACAAUAAUUCUUGCGCUCAAAAGAAAGGAAACACCCCAGAUAGCGACACUGAGAACGACACUAAUGGAAGCAGCUCCAAUUCCAGAGACGCCAAGAAUAUUUCAGAUGUUUCAGACUCUGAAGAACCGGAACUUAAGAAAUUAAAGUUCAAUACAUACGAUCCUUUGCCGUCUGAUAACAAAAUGUUUGAAAAGGAUACUGAUAUAGCUCAGAUAAAGGACAAACUGAAGCUAUCGUCGAAUCCGAUGGAUUGGACUGUCGAUGACGUGUACAAAUAUCUUAACAAUUCAAAAGACUGCAAUCUGAUAGCAGAUAAGAUGAGGCAAGAGGAAAUAGAUGGAGAGGCUCUCGUGAUGUUGGACAUGCCGACGAUACGGGAGUUUCUUCACAUAAAAAAAGAAUUUGCAGUCCACUUAUGUCGUCAUAUUUCGAAAAUAAGAUGUUUUUACGUUGAAAAUUUUAAAUAUAAGAGAUACGCGUGAUAGCUUUAAGUAGUCCAAAUCUAGUCCACAAUAAUUUUUUUCCUAUUGUAAUAUUGGACAUGCCGACGAUACGGGACUUCCUUCACAUGAAAAAAGAAUUCGCGGUCAAAGUAUGCGAACAUAUUCCGAAAAUAAAAUGGUUUUAUGUGACAAUUUUAAAUAUAAGAGACUGUGGUGAUAGUUUUAAGUAGAGAUGCGCCGAGUAACGAGUACCAAGUUUUACUCGCCUCAAUUUUUUUUAACCGAGUACUCGGCCGAGUAACUCUGUUCUAUCAAAUACCCAUUUUGCGUGCGAAAACAAGUACGAACAGGUUCGCGCCGACCGAGAGGCGGCUCGCGGUGACACGCCCCUCACCAGUCGCUUGAUCGUUAGCAAACAAGUAAUCCACGUUGCGCGUCAUGGUAAUUGAAAGUUUUUAAUUAUCCAUUUACUGAGUGUAGUACUUAAUUAUAUCUACCUAAAUAUAUUGCAUUAAAACCGAGUUAUUAGGCCGAGUAAGAGUAUCAAAAAACCCGCCGAAUACGCCGAGUACGAAAAAAUAAUUCGCGGUCCAAUAAUGCAAGGUUAAAAAUUUUGAAUAUAAGAGACUUCUGUGAUAGUUUUAAG